CCCGCUCCGCCUGGCCCCGGCCCCACGGCAGCCCCCCCAUGCCCCGCCUCGGAGCCAAGGUGUCCCUGCUCCGCUGCACCCUCCUGUCGUCUCUCCUCCUCCUCCUGGUCUGCAGCAUCCAUGAGACGGAGCAGAACAGCUACUGCCAGCAGAUCAUCACCGAGAGGCACCUGGCCGAGCUGCAGGAGCUGGCUGACACCCAGAUGCAGCACCCGGGCAGGGUCUCCUUCAAGUUCAUCGACAAGAUGCAGCUGAACGACUCCAUCUGCUAUGUGAAAGCUGCCUUUCCUCUGCUGGGCAAGAUUUUGGAGCGAACAGAGUUCAAGGAGAACUCUUCCAAUGCCAGGAAGAUGCAGACAGUGCGCAGGAUGUACCACAGCAUCGACGAGAACGUCGACCCCUGCAUCAGGGAGGAGGAUGAUGAGGAGAGGAUGCUGUCCCAGAUGUGCUUCAAGGAGUUCACCACCUCCCCCUAUGAGAUGCUGGUGCUGGUGAAGGAUUUCUUCCAGGACAUCAACCAGCUACUGCAGAACCAGGAGACCUUCGAGAAGGAUUGCAGCCAUGUCUACCAUAGGGCCUGCCCGGGGCCCAGGGGGGCUGAAUCCCCACCAGGUGUGGGGACAGAUCCUGACUGCAAUUGCCUGUCCCCUGCCCUCCCUCCUGCCACCCAGCCCUCCCUCUCCGCUGCCACCCGUUCGGGCAGGGACGGGACCCCCGUUAGCAGCCAGCUCCCCCCCAGCCCCCUCCGUGCCACCCUCGCUGACUUAGAGGCCCCAUCCCAGGCCCCCAGUGUCAUGGACGGGGGCUCGGGCACCGAGGAGCUCCCGGGUGCCGGCAUAGGUGACACGGCGUCGGUGCCACCCCCCGGGAUGCCGCAGAUCCCGCAGGAUCCCGCCGACAGCGCCGAAGCCCCGCCGGACACAGCCGGGAUGCUGAGCCUGGCGGCGGAGGAGGACGAGAGCCCCGGGGAUGGAGAGCUGGGGCAGCCAGCCCAGCCGCGGGGAGCCCCCGCGCUCCCGGACCGCCCCGGCGGGCUCAGGACCACCCCGGCAGCGCAGCCCGGCCCCGCGGGCAGAGCCCGGAUCCGCCCGGCCCCGCCGGCCGAGCCCGUCACGCAGCUCCGCUUCUCCAGGAUGGCCCCGGAGCUGCGGGGGGACCCCGGGAGCGGGCCGAGGGCGCGGGGCUGGGGGCUCAGCAGGAUGAGGGGCCCCGAGGACGGCGCGGGAGCCGGGCCCAGCUUUGACUCGGGGUUUGUUCCGGGCACAGAGCAGCGCAGGAAGGAGCCGCCCGGCCGGGAGGGCCUCCAGGAGCCCCUGGUGUUCGUCGUGGUGCCCGGCGUGGUGGCCGUGCUGCUGGCAGUGGGGGGGCUGCUCUUCUACAAGUAUAAGUGCAGGGUCCUGGAGCAGCCACUGGAAGACGGAGAUUGCGACCCCGAGGAGCCAGAGAGGAGGGCACUACAGGGAGUGAGGGAAUGUCCAGAGCUGGAGACUCAGGACCUCUGAGGGCCCCAGGCGGGAUGUGAAGCUGGUGGGGGACGGAUCCGGGUGGAAGGAUCCCGACGCUCCCUCUUCCCUCGGCCAGAGACUGCAACCCCUCCCUGGCAGGGACAAAGGGAUGGGGGGCUGUGCCCCCAGUGGGACCCCCAGCACCGGGAAGCGAGGGGCUGGAAGGCGUUGGACCGUCACGGGAUGGUGGCAGUGGCUGAGGUGACACCGUGGUGCUGAGCGGGACGCUGGAGAUGCUGGAUUUGGAAUGGUGGAUCCUGCUCGGACAUGGCUGAAGAUGGAGAGGUCCAGCUCCUGAAUCCUCUGGCUCUUCUGGUUUGGAGCAGCACCCGUUGCCUCCCUCCACCCUGCCUUUCCCGAGGCUUCAGCUGGAGCAUCCUGGAUGCUGUGGGGGGCCCCCCCAGCCCUGAUUUGCAACUCAAACCCUCACACUGUGAAUAUUUAAAGCCCCCCCCCCCCGUGCCCGUGUGGGGCCGGGUUUGGGGGUGACCCUUGGCACCGUCCCCAUUCCCAUCCUCCUGCCGCUCCGUGUCCGAGCUGGCCUCGGCCUCGCCCUCCUUAGGGGCUGUUUUUAAUAGAGCUGAUGAGAGUCUUUAUCCUGCACAAGUAUUUUGGAGGGGCCCCUUUGCCCCUCGCGGGGUCCUUGCCACGAGCUGGACUCGCUGGGAUCCCGUUCCUGCGCUUUGGAGAAGGGAAUGGAGCCGGGAAGGACGGGAUCCACGUGGACCUGAGAGAUGGAACAGCCCCAGCCGUGCCUCUGGGGGCUUUUAGGCUCAGCUGGAUUUGGGAAGAUGCACCAACUCUGGAGACCCCCUAAAAUCCAGUGGCUCCGUCCGGCCCUGGGUGAAGCAUGGCCUGAGCUGCUCUGGGGGUUUGAAGUGUUAUUUUUCUAGGAAGGAUGAAAAUAUGGACAAACCAAACUGCUUUUAAGGAAAGCAUCGCUAUUAAUUUGGGGUUUUUAUAUAUAUGUGUAUUUAUGACUGUCAGAGAGAGGGGGUUCCUGUGUGAGGGACUGGUGUAAAGCAGGAGGAAAGCCCUAAUGCAGCAGGAAGGCUGGGGCCAAACUCCUGCUGUGGUGUAAGUUUACACCAUGGAGGAGCUGAUCCUGGGGGGAAAAACUUGCCUUUACCCCUGUUGGAUUGAAUUUGCCUUUUUUUUUGUUUGUUUGGGUUUUUUGUUGGUUUGUGGUUUUUUUUGUUGUUUGGUUUUUUUUUUUAUACAAUGAAAUGUUGAAA